AUGCAGAAGGGAGACGGUUCUUCGGAAAGGGUGACGAAGUACAUCUCCACCAACACUUAUUCUGCAGAAACCGAGGAUGUCAUGAAGCAGAGAAUUGAUGAAUGGUUGGAUGGAUAG